CACGAGAACGAACCACUUCACACGGAGUCGGAAGUUUCCUCACCACCGGAAUUCAACACGCCGCUAUUCAUCAGCCAUUUUUAUUAUUACAAGCUUGCGCGAAGAUAUAGCAUAGCGACAUAUCCUUCUACAUUUCAAGGAUUUAGGUCAAGUAUCGUCGCAGGGAGAAGCCUUGCAGACAUGUCUGACUUCAUCGAUAGCGAGGCUGAGGAGUCGGAGGAGGAGUUUGAAGAGAAAGACCUGAAGCCUAAAAAGACCCAGGCGUUUAUGGAUGAUGAGGAAGAGGAGGAAGAGUUAAACACAGAGGACCAGGAUGAGCACGGGAACCUGAUGGGGCUCAUUGACGAUGAUGUGGAUGAAGAUGAGGAAGAGGAAGAGAAGAAAAGCGGAGGAGCAGGCAGCGGCAGCGACUCAGAGGAUGAAGUCAGACACAGACGCAAGAAACGCAACUAUGAUGACUACCUGGAUGAUGAUGAUCUGGACCUCAUUGAGGAGAACUUGGGAGUCAAAGUCAAGAGGAGGAAGAAAAAGUAUGACCGUGUGAAGACUAUGGAUGAUGAUGAAGAUGACGAGAAGGACCAGAUCGCAGACGAGAUCUUCCACAGAGGAGAUGACGAGGACGGAGAGGGGGAGCUGGAGGAGGGAGAGACAGUCGACCCGCCCCUACGUCGCCAUGGUGAACGCCUCGACGAAGAAGAGGAAGAGGAGGGAGAGGAGGAGUCAGAUAUUGAUGACUUUAUCGUGGACGACGAUGGCCAGCCUAUCACCAAGAGGAGAAGCAAGAAGUUCUCAGGAUACACAGAUGCAGCCCUCCAGGAAGCUCAGGAGAUCUUCGGGGGCGACUUUGACUUUGCGGAGUUCGACGCCGACGGUGCUUAUGAACAGGGUGAGGAAGAGGAGGAGGACCAGGAUGAAGAGGGCUGGGACCGGCCCAAGAAGCCAACGAAGAGGAGGGUGGGGAGGAAGAGCAUCUUCGAGCUCUACGAGCCCAGCGAGCUGGAGAGUAGUCACAUGACUGACCAGGACAACGAGAUCCGCUCCACAGACAUGCCAGAGAGGUUCCAGCUGCGCUCCAUCCCAGUGAAGCCUGCUGAGGAUGAUGAGUUGGAGGAAGAGGCAGAGUGGAUCUACAGAAACGCUUUCUCAACCCCCACCAUCUCCAUGCAGGAGAGUACAGAUUACCUGGACCGAGGAGCCACCACUAACUUUAGCAGGAAGGGCCCCAGCACCAUCGCCAAGAUUAAGGAGGCCCUCAACUUCAUGAGGAAUCAGCAUUUUGAGGUUCCAUUCAUCGCGUUCUACAGGAAGGAGUACGUAGAACCGGAGCUCAACAUCAACGACCUGUGGAAGGUCUGGCAGUGGGACGAGAAGUGGUGCCAGCUGAAGAGCAGGAAGCAGAACCUGACACGUCUGUUCCGGAGGAUGCAGGGGUACCAGUAUGAGCAGAUCUCUGCCGACCCCGACAAGCCCCUGGCUGACGGCAUCAGGCCCCUGGACACUGCUGAUAUGGAGAGACUGAAAGAUGUCCAGUCCAUAGAUGAGCUGAGUGACGUGUAUAGUCACUUCCUUCUGUACUAUGGCCGAGACAUCCCCAAGAUGCAGAACGCAGCCAAAGCUGCCAGCAAGAAGAAGAAGAAGAAGAAGAAGAAGAUUGAGGUCAACGAGGAAGGUGAGGAGGAAGAGGUGGAGGAAGAGGAGGAGGUGGAGGAAGAGAAGGGGCCGGACCUGAAGCUGGCAUCUCGUAGAGACAUGUACAGCAUCUGUCAGAGCGCUGGGCUCGAUGGCCUGGCUAAGAAGUUUGGUCUGACUCCAGAGCAGUUUGGAGAGAAUCUGAGAGACAGCUACCAGCGUCACGAGACGGAGCAGUUCCCUGCCGAGCCUGUGGAGUUGGCUAAAGACUACGUCUGCAGCCAGUUUAACAGCCCUGAGGUGGUGUUGGAGGGGACCCGUUAUAUGGUUGCGAUGCAGAUUGCCAGGGAGCCUCUGGUCAGACACGUCCUCAGACAGACGUUCCAGGAGAGAGCCAAGAUCAACAUCAAGCCCACCAAGAAGGGAAAGAAGGACAUGGACGAGGCCCACUUUGGCUACUCCUUCAAGUACCUGAAGAACAAGCCAGUGAAGGAACUGAACGGAGACCAGUUCUUAAAGAUGUGCCAGGCUGAGGAGGAGGGGCUUCUCACCAUAGACAUCUGCAUCGACCUCCUAGGGGUCAAAGGGGUUGCAGGUGACCAGACAUACUUUGAUGAGAUCAAGCAGUUUUACUACAGAGAUGAGUUCAGUCACCAGGUGCAGGAGUGGAACAGACAGAGGACCCUGGCCAUCGAACGCUCCCUCACACAGUUCCUCUACCCUCAGAUGGCCAAGGAACUCAAGAACAAACUCAUCGCGGAGGCCAAGGAAAACAUCAUCAAGUCGUGUUGCAGGAGGCUGUAUAACUGGCUGAAGGUGGCUCCUUACAGACCAGACCAGCAGGCGGAGGAGGAGGAUGAUGAUCUGAUGGAUGAGAGUCAAGGAAAAGGCAUCAGAGUCCUGGGAGUGGCCUUCGCUGACAGCAGAGACACGCCAGUGUUCUGUUCACUGAUCAACGGAGAGGGAGAGGUUGUGGACUUCCUCCGUCUGCCCUACUUCCUGAAGAGGAGGAACGCAUGGAAGGAGGACGAGAGAGACAAAAAGCUCCAGGACAUUGAGAACCUGAAGAAGUUCCUGACCAGUAAGAAGCCUCACGUGGUGGCUGUUGCCGGGGAGAAUAGGGACGCCCACAUGAUAAUGGAGGACAUUAAGAGGACAGUGAGUGAGUUGGAGCAGGAGUCUUCUCUGCCUGCUGUGGGAGUGGAGCUGGUAGACAACGAACUGGCCAUGCUCUAUAUGAACAGUACCAAAUCUCAGACUGAGUUCCGUGACUACCCUCCCCUGCUGCGCCAGGCUGUGUCAGUAGCCAGGAAGAUUCAGGAUCCUCUAGUGGAGUACGCUCAGGUCUGCAGCUCCGACGAAGACAUCCUCUGCCUCAAACUACACCCUCUACAGGAGCAUGUAGUUAAGGAGGACCUGCUGAGUGCUCUGUACUGUGAGUUUAUAAACCGGGUCAACGAGGUGGGGGUGGAUGUGAACAGAGCCAUCUCUCACCCCUACACACAGAGCCUGGUUCAGUUUGUCUGUGGCCUCGGACUCAGGAAGGGAUCCCACCUGCUCAAGGUCUGUGUCUCACUGUCUGUCUGUCUGUCUGUCUGUCUGUCUGUCUUGUCUGUCUGUCUGUCUGUCUGUCUGUCUGUCUGUUGUCUGUCUGUCUGUCUGUCUGUCUGUCUGUCCUGUCUUACUGACUCAUACAUCGAGGUUCUGGAUGGGUCCCGGGUGCACCCGGAGACAUAUGAGUGGGCCAGAAAGAUGGCGGUGGACGCUCUGGAAUACGACGAGUCAGCGGAGGACGCCAACCCGGCCGGAGCGCUGGAGGAAAUCCUGGAAAACCCGGAGCGCCUCAAAGACCUGGACCUGGAUGCUUUUGCUGAGGAGCUGGAGAGACAGGGUUAUGGUAACAAGGGCAUCACCCUGUAUGAUAUCCGUGCUGAGUUGAGCUGCAGGUAUAAGGACUUGAGAGUUCCCUACAGAGCUCCUAACACCGAGGAGGUGUUUAACCUGCUUACCAAGGAGACACCAGAGACCUUCUAUAUAGGUAAGCUGAUCACCAGUGUUGUGACCGGUAUAGCUCACCGGCGCCCCCAGGGGGAGAGUUAUGACCAGGCCAUUAGGAACGACGCUACAGGGCUGUGGCAGUGCCCCUUCUGUCAACAGGACAACUUCCCUGAACUCAGCGAGGUGUGGAACCAUUUUGACAGUGGUUCGUGUCCUGGCCAGGCUAUAGGUGUGAGGGCUCGGAUGGACAACGGUGUCCAGGGCUUCAUCCCCACCAAGUUCCUCAGUGACAAGGUGGUCAAACACCCUGAGGAGAGGGUGAAGGUGGGUAUGACGGUUCACUGUCGCAUCAUGAAGAUUGACAUUGAGAAGUUCAACGUGGACCUGACAUGUCGUACGUCUGACCUGAUGGAUAAAAACAACGAGUGGAAGCUCCCUAAAGACAGUUACUACGACUUCGACACGGAAACAGAGGACACCAAGACAGAGGAGGAACGCAAGAAGAAACAGCAGAGAACCACCUAUAUAAAACGUGUGAUUGCACACCCAUCCUUCCACAACAUCAACUUCAAGCAGGCUGAGAAGAUGAUGGAGUCUAUGGACCAGGGAGAUGUUGUUAUCAGGCCCAGCAGCAAGGGAGAGAACCACCUUACUGUCACCUGGAAGGUAGCUGAUGGCAUCUACCAGCAUGUUGAUGUGAGAGAGGAGGGCAAGGAGAACGCCUUCAGCCUGGGACACACACUCUGGAUCAACACUGAGGAGUUUGAGGAUCUUGAUGAGAUCACAGCUCGUUAUAUUCAGCCAAUGGCAGCGUUCGCUCGUGACCUGCUGGGACACAAGUACUUCCAGGACUGUAACGGAGGGGACAGGAAGAAAAUGGAGGAGUUGUUGAUCAGGUCUAAGAAGGAGAAGCCUACGUUCAUACCCUACUUUGUCUCAGCCUGUAAAGACCUGCCAGGGAAGUUCAUACUGGGAUACCAGCCUCGUGGCAAACCACGUGUUGAGUAUGUGACCAUCUCUCCUGACGGCUUCCGGUACCGCUCCCAGAUGUUCCCCACCGUUAACGGACUGUUCCGCUGGUUCAAAGACCACUUCCAGGAACCGGUACCAGGCAUCACCCCCAGCAGUAGCAGUCGAACACGGACACCUGCCUCUGUCAACGCUACACCAGCUAACAUCAACAUCGCAGACCUGACUCGAGCGGUCAGCGCUCUCCCACGCAACAUGACCUCUCAGAUGUUCAGUGCCAUCGCCGCGGUGACGGGGCAGGGGCAGGGCCAGAACGCUAACACUACGCCUGCCCAGUGGAACUCCAGCCAAUACGGUUACACCGGGGGCAGCAGUGGGGGCGGGGGAGGCAGCUCCUCAGCCUAUCACGUGUUUGCGACGCCCCAACAGCCGAUGGCGACACCCAUGAUGACCCCCAGCUACUCAUACACCACCCCCAGCCAACAGACCAUGGGUACCCCGCAGUACCCCUCCACCCCCCAGUCCUCCCACUCCCAUGGACACACACAGAGCAACCAGGGCCACAGCAGCCACCAGGGACCCUCGUCCAACACUCCCUCGUCCUCCUCCAGAGGACGCACUCCGCAGCAGCAGCCUAAGUCGAGCGGCAGCACGGCGGUGGACUGGGGCAAGGUAGCGGAGCAGUGGCUCCAGGAGAAGGAGGCGGAGAGGAAGAAGCAGAAGACCCCCAGGAUGACCCCGCGACCUUCCCCCAGCCCCAUGAUCCAGAGCACGCCUAUGUCAAUCGCUGGAGACGCUACGCCCCUUCUGGACGAGAUGGACCGAUAGGAGAGGCCGGGGGGGGCGACUAUACCCCCCUCCUCCCCAAAUAUACCCCCCCUUACUCUCAUCAACUCAUCCUUCCAUCCAUCCGCCUACCUGCAUGCCCCCUCAGACCAGUCACAUACCAUUCAGAUCGCCCUCUCCUCCCAGUCUAAACUAACCCUGCUCCACCUCUUCUCCCUCUCCUCCCAGCCUACUAAACUAACCCUGCUCCCCCUCUUCUCCCUCUCCUCCCAGUAAAAACUAACUCUGCUCCCCCUCUUCUCCCUCUCCUCCCAGCCUACUAAACUAACCCUGCUCUCCCUCUUCUCCCUCUCCUCCCAGCCUACUAAACUAACCCUGCUCCACCUCUCCUCCCAGCCUACUAAACUAACCCUGCUCCCCCUCUUCCUCUCCUCUCAGCCUACUAAACUAACCCUGCUCCACCUCUUCCUCUCAGCCUACUAAACUAACCCUGCUCCCCCUCUUCCUCUCCUCUCAGCCUACUAAACUAACCCUGCUCCCCCUCUUCCUCUCCUCUCAGCCUACUAAACUAACCCUGCUCCACCUCUCCUCCCAGCCUACUAAACUAACCCUGCUCCACCUCUUCUUGUGUCCCAUUGGAUUCUGUUUCUAGCUACUGUGUAUCUAGCCAUGUUUCUCUCCCGGCACAUCUUCCCUUCCGUCUAUCCCUCUCUCUUUCCUCACUGUAUUUUUGCCUGGCCACAUAGUCCAGUAUUUUAUUUAGUAAGGAUAUUAACUCUGUAUGUCAGGCAGGCAGAGAUGUCGAUACAGACCACCAAACACUUGAAACAAACCGCUGACAUAGAUGUAAUAGGACAUGGACCUAAUGGAGAAAUGAUUGUUUGGUUGUCAUGACAACCGUUGUCCUUUUCUUUUAAUAACAUGGGGUAUAUUUUCUUUUUCCUGUUUGAUUUUUUUUUUAAAUCUAUAAAAAGAUUAGGAGAUGCUGCCGAAAGCAUCUGAUUGGUUCGCGGGUUGUCUCAUGCCGUGUCCCUUUGGCUGCAUAGACCCGCCCCUUACCCUCCUGGUGAUUGGCGGGUUGUGGCGAGAGGCAGCCUAACGAGCGUUUUUCCGAGCCAAUCAGGAAGCUUGUCUGCGUUUUUGUAUUGAUGCAUCAAAAUGAAUAAAGACACUGUUUUCAGUAUGAACCCUAAA